UUAUUAUUAUUAUUAUUAUUAGACACUAUGUCGAUAUAAACAAGCUAUGGAGUUCGAUUCGUGAGUCAUUGAUUAACCAACGAAUUCUCUACUCUGUGUUUAUAUGUUUUUGCAUAUAACUUGAAGAUCUGUUGCUAACUAUUAAUCGGCAAAGCUUCCAAAAUGUGCUUCCUUCGCUGUGCGUUCUUUUCUUGCCCACUAGAGGCUGUUGUUUCCACAAAUAUCAACCCCUAAAUCAAGUGAUUACCUAAUCUACCUACGAAGUUAUUGAUUGUAUUUAAACGCAGUUAUAUAUAAUUUACGUUCUUUUAUGCCUGAUGUGCAAAACUUUGUGCAUGUAAUUUGUUUGUAUUGCACCCUUUUCUACAUAUUAGACUUCUUUUUUUUGUUUUGACAAUUCAGUAUUCAUCCAGGAUUUCUCAAAACUAUUCUUUCUUUGAAUUAGUUUAUUUGAACCCCGCCCGAGAAGGUUCACAGUUUCGUUAGCAAGAAGAUUCUCCUUCUUAUGUGAUUUAUAUGACGACAUAUGAAACUUCGAAAAUAUAAACGUUUGUCCUUGGCUAGAAUUUCAACCAUGUUUGAAGCAGCUGUCAUCAUUGUGAAAGAAAUAUCUGGAACUGAAGUAUGUGAAAGUCGUAAAUAUUAACGUGAUCCUUUUAUUCAAGACUGAAUCCACUUAGUUUACACCUAAAACAAUGUUUUACAGAUUAUUUAAUACUCCACAGAGCACUUUGAAGUAUUGAGCUCCUUAAAAUGUGGCUUGAAACAAUAAACGGUGUACCUAAAACUGAAAAGAAAAGUCUAAAAUCCGAGGAAAUUAAUAAUGGCCUACAUCAGCUAAAAAGAAAAAGAAAUACUUCUCAAAUCUUCAAAGAGGAACUCGGCUCGAAAUAUCAAAAUUCGUUUCUUUUUACGACGCAUGUAUAUGUCUUCGGUUAAGCAAUAUAGCAAAAAAAUUUUUUGAAAUUAUGUAUGCGCAUAAACAUAUAGUGUUAAUUUACACCUAACUUUCACUACUGUUAUUUCUUCGUUCAUAUGAUGCUCGCAAAACAUUUUAUUGUUUUAUUUGAAAUAUAUUUAAAAUUCUAUAACAAAACUUGAAAAGUGUUUCAGUUCUUGAUAGCGUUAUGGAUUUCAUUAACGCAACUGCAAACCUAACCAACAAAAACUACCAAACGGUCAACUUGUCAUAUCAUAAUUUUAUAUUCUUAACGGUAAAUCUGCUACUGGCACCAUUCAUAAUUGGAGGAAACUUCGUGGUUAUCAGAUGCAUCGCUACAUUUCCUCGUCUACACACCGUCUCCAACAUAUUUGUGUCCAGUCUGGCUGUAGCUGAUCUUUUUGUCGGACUUCUUGUGAUUCCAUUCUAUUCGAUGCAUUAUUUGGAACUGGAAGGUUUCGCUGAGAGCAAAUACACAUGUCUUUUUAAAUACGUUUUUAUCAUAGCCUCUUGCGGAUCGUCCAUAUUCAAUCUUUCCGCCAUAGCAUUUGAACGUUUCGUAGCAGUUACUUUUCCAUUUCGUUAUGUCACUUUGAUCACGCACAAAACGGCCAAAGUAAUUAUUGCUCUUUUGUGGAUAUACGUCUCCGUCCUCAGCUUAACUCCUCUGUUCGGUUUGAAUACCUGGCGACCGGACGUCCACUGCGAUUUUUAUCAAGUACUUCCAAGGGCCUACAUCGUAUGGGCUUCUUUUACGACGGUAUCCUUUGGCAUAAUAUCCAUCACUUUGUUCUACAUCCUAACCUACAGAGAAAUACGUAAGAUGCCACCACCGCCAAUGAUUCAAUCGAAAGAAGCUAUAUCUCAAAAGAAAAACAUACGAGCUACUUAUGUGAUGUGCGUCGUGUCGGUGACCUUUCUGGUCUUCUGGUUGCCUUAUCUUAUCGCUGGACCACUCGUAUAUAUACCAUCUCUUGACAAACACAGCAUUGAACUGAUCAAAAACUAUGCCCUUUCUUUGGGUAUCAGUAACUCUGUUAUUAAUCCAUUUUUAUACGGGUGUUUACGGAGAGACUUCGCUGAAGUUUUCAGGAAGUACUUCUCUCUGCCGUGUCUGAAACGAAAACGCAGAAGCGUGGGUCCAGGUUCAAACGGACCGACUGAAAACAGUUUUCCCUUAUCUGAAAACUAGUUAAAUCUACAACAAACUGGCUAACAAUUCCUCGAAAGUUCACAGAUAUAACCAUAUAUGUUUUAAAGGCUCACGCAGAACAUAACUGAAUUUAUACACAAAACCACCAUAUUUCAUAACAAUUCAGUAAGCAUACACCAGGAACACGACUCACUCUAUAAAAAUUUGAACGGAGAAAAAUAACACAACCCGUCAGUGUAUUGUCAUAAUCUUCCUAAAGAAUAUUACUAUUAUAAUUAU